AAACAUUUCGAAGAUUCAGUAUCCUGAAAGGUGUCGCCUUUUUUCCAGUCCUGAGACUUCCAGUUUGUCUUAAACUCUGAAGACAUCAGCCACCUUCAGCCCCUUCAGCAUCUGUCCCAGCGCAGGAAUGUUCUCAAUAUUGGUCACCGUGGGCCUUCUCUGCACAGCCACUGCCACUGCUGCAGUAAUGGAAGUGACUCAGCCAGCAAUGGUGUUGGCGAACAGGCAAGGAGUCGCCAGCUUGGUGUGUAAAUACAAGCACAUUGGGAAUGCAAAGGAAAUUCGAGUGACUCUGCUUAAACAGACGGGUGACCGAUUCACUGAAAUUUGUGCUUCAACCUAUACAACGGAGUUUAAAAUGUUCAGUGUGGAAGAGGUCAUUCAGUGCCAUGUUAGCCCUAGCCGAAACAAUGUGACCCUCACCCUCACUGGCCUGCAAGCUAAUGAUACUGGUCUUUACGUCUGCAAGAUGGAGCGGAUGUACCCUCCACCUUAUUUUAUGAACAAGGGAAAUGGGACGCAUCUCUAUGUCAUUGAUCCAGAACCUUGCCCAGACACUGCCAUAUAUCUCUGGGUAUUAGGAGCUACUGCCUCAGGAUUUUUUCUUUACAGUGUCAUCAUCUCAGCCAUUCUCGUGGGCAAAGCGAUAAAGAGAAGACGAUGUCUCACUACUGGGGUAUAUGUGAAAAUGCCUUCUGAAAAGCUAGAGAAAAAAGUGAUUCCAUUCCACAUCACUGUUAAUUGAAAUAAGGAAAGAGAGAAACCGUUCCUAGCUGGGAUGGAGAGUCCACUAAUUCACCUAAGUUAAAGAAAUAAAAUUGUCUUAUCACAAAGGUGUGCGGGAAGGAGAGAGAAUAUUCUUUGUAACUUCUAUGGUUUGGAGGAGAAUAAAUAGUUUAUGCAUUAAUAUUUCAAGGUUAACCCUGUCACUUAAAAAUGGCUACAUUAGGCCAUUGAUUCUUGGAGUUGUAUUGUACCAAUAUGUAGUCUAUAUAUAUACACAUGCAUAUAUGUAUAGCAUUAAGAGCUAUUGCUGUUGCAUCUUACUGUCAAAUUUCACCAUGUCUACUGAUCAACUGAAAUCCAAACACUAUUACAACAGAGGCUUUUGUGUCAUUGCAAGGCUGAUCCUAUAGGUCUGGGGGGCAGAGGCAGAAGAGCACACUAAUGUACGAAGGAAUGUUGACUUGUUUCCCUGCAUUGCUAUUUAUUGGUCCCAUUUCUGGCAUUAGUGCUCUGCGCUUCCACAGAGACAUCACCGUAGGCUGGCACUGAUGACACUGCUGCUCUGAAAGCCCGAUCUCAUCUCUUUUCACCGGCAUUGUGUCCCAGCAGUGCCGUGCUGGAGUUAAUAUCAAUGAUAUCUGAGCCAGUGCUGACAGCUCUGUUGGAGAGAAAGGCUGCCCAGCAGGAGCCCUCUUAGGCUGUUGCUGGGAGGUUGUUCCAGCUCUGCUGGGGCCUUGCAUUUUACAAAUGCUAAAUUAGCAUCUAUCCAAAAGGCAGAAGUAUGUUGCUGUGUUUAACUGAGUCUAUUUUCCAUGAAAAUACCAACAGUGUAUAAUCUUGUUUAUUAGUUAUGUACCAUUCAAUAAAAACCUUGAAGCUUUGCCCAAA